AAAUGCCAUGUUGUUUCACGAUUAUAUGAUUUUCGGGGUAAAUUUUAAGAGAAAAUUCUCCCCGUGUAUUAGAAAUCACUUGAGCCUUCGGCGUAGGUUUCCUCGCGUGCUGUUCAGUUCACAAAGUUCUUAUGUUAUUAAGUUAAAAACUAUAGUGAAAUAGAACAUGUAUGUUAAUUGUGUGUAUCACACCAAUUAUAUUAUGUAUAUGUAUUGUAUAUACACAUAUACAUGCAAAGACGCAACGUGUUCUAUUUUAGCAUGUAAUUUUUAACUUUAAAGUUAAAGACUGCAAACUGAACAAGAUCGCGCGGGGCAGCACGUGCCAAAGCCUCGUACGAUUUACAGCUAAUACUGUCCCUAAGUUCGAGCACCUGAAGUUUACGAGGUAAACUAUGAGACGAGAGGAAAGAGGAUCGCAUUAGGGAAAAUCGGCCGUAAGGGCUGUUUUAGAUCUUGCUCGUCCGUCUUUAAUCCCAUUUCUCUCGUAAAUGUAUCGUGCUAUCCUUCUCUGCAAGUUUCUAAAAUUUUCUUUGAACUCCUACUGAUAUAUGGAUUUGAUUUCUUUUGCGACAUUUCAUCAAUGAAAUUAUUGAUUAGAUAGACGAGAAUUGCAAUGUUAUUUGGUACCAAUCCCGCAUCUAUCGUCCCGCGUAUUGCCAUUGCGUCUGUCAGUGCUUGAUAAUUCUCAGCGAGUCUGAAUCAUUAUUGUGAGGUGAACGUUUUGCGAAUCUAGCCAUGUAAAUCGCAUGUAAUCGAGACAGAACUGCGGCGAAACAGAAACUGUAGACACGAGUUAACACAUCCGCAUUAACUUCAACUAUUUGCAGCAACUCGGCUAAUGUAUAUUGUUGGCAUGGUUUGUGCGGUGGAAAGUAAUUAAAAAGUAAUAAAUUGGUAUACAUUUUUUUCCUAUGUGUUGAACUUUGAAGAAUUAUUGUAACUAUAUUACAUUAUUUAAUCUUGCAUUUAUAUACAUCUUUAUUAACUGAUUACGAAUAAACGAGAAGAAGAAAAAAAAACCGUAGCAAGCCUUGCGUGAGAGAUUUAUUAUUCUGCAAUUAUGUCUCGUCUACAAUUGUGAAACAGGUUCCUUCCGUUUCCACUUCUCGGAAUUGCAUAUAGAUAAACGUUGACUAAUGUGAGUGAUGUCAUUGCGGUGUGUAAGUACCACAUCCGCCGGUAACACAACUUUGUCUCCGCAGUUUCCUUACGGACACGGCUACUCCAGCAACGCGGAACCUUCCAAGAUAUUGUCCAAAAUGCUUCGAACACGUUUAGUGCGCUCUCGUGUGCCGAUUCUAAUUUUCGUUCUGGCGAUUCUGCAGCGCAAUCCGUCGGCGUACAACAUUAAUUCACUCGACGCCGAGGUAUUCAGGGAUCCUAUGCGCGUGCCGGGCGAACGUGGAAGUUACUUCGGAUUCUCGGUGGCUCUCUACGUAGGUGCGAAUGAGUCCUUGUUACUCGUCGGAGCCCCACGCGCCAACUCCAGCGAACUGCCGUACGUGACGGAGCCGGGCACGGUCUUCAAGUGUGCGAUGAAUGGUGUAUGCAAGGAGUGGGUGAUGGAUAAAACCGGAAACGGUCCGCGUCCCCGCGAGAGAUUCGUCAACCAGAUAAAGGACAAUGCAUGGAUCGGUGCUACCAUUGCCGUGCAGAACAAAACGGUGGCUAGAGUUAUGGUUUGCGGGCCGCGAUGGAUAAAUAAUAUCAUAAAUGACAACAAGCCGAACUGGUACAUGAACGGCAUUUGCUACACGACACUGGCCAGAAACGCCCAUGCGUUCGAGAGACAAGCGGAGGAUCACUUCUUACCACUUACAAACUCUGGAAGUCAAAUCACGUCCAAGAACAACAUAAACAUAUAUAAUUACGGGGUGGGACAAGCCGGUUUCUCUCUGCACAUGAGCUCGCGGUAUACCGUGAAUAUCGCAAUGGGUAGCCCAGGCAUAUUCAACUGGAAAGGCGACGCGAUAUUGACUGUCGCCUCGAUGGACGAUCCGUUUUCGCGCACGGUAAUCCCCUCGCUCGCUAGAGAGCCACGAGUUCAUAGUUACAAUUACCUCGGAUACGCCAUCACAGCGGGCACUUACUUCAACGAGCAAGACGUUUGGUAUGCUUCCAGUGCGCCACAAGGCGCGAACAUGUACGGAAAGGUCCUUGUAUUCACCUUUCCUCCUAAAACCAAUCAGCGCAUGUUUAUUAAAACGAUAUUGUACGGUCAGCAUUACGGUGAGUACUUCGGUGCGGCAUUAACGUCAUGCGACGUCAACAAUGACGGUAGGCAAGAGUUGAUCGUCGGUGCGCCGCAAUGGUCCAGAGACAUGGACGAGGGUCACAUCUACAUCUUCACGGCGCGACACAAUAGCAAUUUCGAAGAGCUGCAGACGGUCGAGGGCGAGAUCGUCGGAGGUAGAUUCGGGUCUACGGUGAUGUGUCUAGGUGACAUCGACCACGACGGCUACGCCGACGUCGCCGUGGGCGCGCCCCACGAGGAGGAGAGCGGCGGUGCGGUGUACAUAUACAACGGGAACAGAGACGGCGUUUCGCGGAGGUACAGCCAGAGGCUGGUCGGCUCGCGAUUCUCGCCGACGAUGCGGGGCUUCGGUAUCUCCAUCUCGGAACCCCGAGACGUGAACCGCGACAAUCAUCCCGACGUCGCCGUGGGCGCCUAUCUCUCCGGCGAGGUGGUCCUGCUGAGAUCCGCGCCGGUCGUCACGGUCAACGUGACGCUGAUGUACCCGCAAAAGAUCAAAUUGCUGAGAAACACAACGUCCUUCAAGAUCGACGCCUGGAUGUCGUACGGUGGCACAUACGUACCUGACUAUCUGCGAGUUACCGCGGUCCUGAAGGUCGAUCCGCUGCACGGCAGGGCCACGUAUCGGGCGCAGAAAAGUGACGACGGAUUGCAGACCUACAGAUUACGUUACACGCUAUUUAAAGCUACAAUCACAAGUAAUCUGCUCGAGAUACAUUUAAUGGGGAAUAUUCAAAACGUGAUAGACCCGCUCGAGAUAUCGGUGUCCAUGCAGCUGGACGAUGAUCUUCACGCGAGAAACGAGAGCUCGCUGUGCGCAUCUUGCGUCGUGAUAAACAAGCUCCGCUCGAAGACCGAGGAUUCCCUGAAGCUGCCGUUCGCCGUGGACUGCGGCGAGGACAACGUAUGCGUGUCCGACCUCGGUGUAACGUUGUCCACUGACUCGACUCCGGGCAACAGGUACAUCAUCGGCUCUACGCCGAUAAUCGUUCUGCGCGUCGAUACUUACAAUCGCGGCGAACCGGCGUACCAGACCAGAGUGCGUAUCUUCACCGAGGUCCUAACGUUAGCGAGCAUCCCGCCCGAGUGCACGGAGGAUCCUCGCGCGAGCGGCACACUGGAUGUGAUCUGCGACAUCGGGAAUCCUCUUAGAACGAAUAAAACGUUAAUGCUGCAACUGGACACGAGCAUGGUGAGGUACGACGUUAGAGAGAUAGAAGUGCAAGCGAAUGUAACUACUCAGAGCGACGAGGCGAACUGGAACGACAAUAAUUAUACUAUCACUGUGUACUUCGACGUGGACAUCGACAUAGCGAUCGCCGGGAAAGCACAGGAGAACUUGUACUCGUAUCUACGCGAGAACGAGAAGAAAUCGUUGAGCGAUAUCAGGUUUCAACACUUCUACGAGGUGCAGAAAUUCGGUGUCAGUCCUAUCGAGGAGGCAAUGUUGACCGUGAAAAUCCCGACGUAUUUUCGCCGAUCCAACGCCGAGGACGUAGCGAUCGUCAAUGUCAACGAUAUCAUUGGCAUAAUGGACGGAUAUCAAUUUUAUUGCAGCGACUCGAAUCAAACUGAAGUACUCUCCGUCGCGCUUAACAAGAUCGCGUCCACAAAUGAUGUGAUCGUGAUGAACACGUCGAGCAUCGCGAGCAAUAACACACACGCGAAAUUCAGUAUAGAGGAAGACACGCCGAUGCACGUGCCGUCUGAAAACAGAACGCUCUACAUUAAUUGCACAAGUGACGCGGUUGAAUGCGUACAAAUCACUUGUAGACUGGGCCCGUUCCUAAGUUCUCUGUCUGUUGCGAAAUUUUUGGUGACAAUGGAUCUGCAACUGUCGAGUUUUCCUGCUGAAAUGCUGAAGCACAAAGACAUCAUAUUUUACGUGACUGAAGGUAGCGUUGUCAUAACGCAACCCGACAAGAUUGCUCAAAGAGAAGGUCAUAAACCGGACGUCACUUUGGUCGCGACAACGUUUUUAGGAUCGCCGAUAGCUCAGCGAGUAGCGAUAUGGAUAAUAGCGCUGUCAGUUAUAUUAGGCGUCGCAUUGCUGAUAUUAUUAGUACUAGGUUUAAUAAAGAUCGGGUUCUUCAACAGAAAGAAGAGAGAGGAACUCGAGGCGUUGAAGGCUGAGACUGACAAAAAGUAUAAUGUGGUACUGGACACAACAUCUUCGACAGAGGCUCUUGAUCACGACUGAAUGAUCGCGCACAAGUGAGAUUUAUAAAGUAAGACUUAAUUAAUUUUAAUAUAUUUUUAUUUACGAUAAAAUUUUGUCUUGGUAAAUAAUAAAUAGGUUGUGCAUUAGCAUUAGCUCAAACAUAUAAAGCAUGAACUAUGUAUAUCUGUUAAGAGUCAGUUUUAUAUAUAUAUGAAGUAAUAAUGUUUUUAUACAAAUAUAAUCUAAAAAAAUAUGUACUUUGUUGCUGUAAAUUGGACCACAAAAGAUUGAGUGAACAGUG